UGCACUCACGUGCUGGGUCUUAACAACACUCAUCGGUCAGCGAAAAAUUCCAACCCCGAGCUCCCUCACUGGUUCUCGGUGACCGGUCAUGUUUCUGUGCCACACAGCCUCUCAGAGGGUAGCGCUUUGGCGAACGCCUGAGCUGGCACACAGCUACACCCACAGCUGUCACUGUCAUCUAUUUUGGGACAAAGGCUGCUUGUCUAGGAAGCCACCUACCUGUCAAACGCCUGCUGGGCGUAUCACCAGCCACCGGCGCUAAUUGCCUACCUACUGCUGCGUAGUGUCUGACUGCGGACAGCACACAUAAUGAGUAAUUCAGCACCGUCCAAGGUGGUACCAUGUCUCAAUACUUCUCUCUCCAUGACAGCCAAAUAUACGACGUUCUGAACCGCCAUCAGGCGUUUCCUGCCAUAUCAGGAAACCAUAUCGUGACACGGAUAAACCUUUGUAUCCGGAUGGGGAUAUUUCAUAGACACAGACGGCCAGAUCUCGCAUGACGCAAAGUAAGACGGGAGAUUACCACUUGUGCAUAUACCACGCAGCUGAGGACCCGAGGCAACGGUUGGGAGCCUUCUAUCAGGCUUCCUCUGUCAGGGGCACCCUCCUUCGCUCAGGGGCAAACCAAUCAACAGAGCAGCAAUCCUUCAGCCUCCACGUGGUGUAAUAUCGCUUGCUGUGUUCAUGAGGCGCUGCAUGACGGCCCCCAUCCAUCCAAGACCAUACUCGGUUGCCCCGAGCAUAAGCCUGCCAUGAGGCGCGGCCGAACUAACGGGUGAUGGCGUCGUCCUCGAGGCGAAGAGGGAACAUUCCAGCAAUGGGAGCAGGCCUGGAUCACGAUGGCUUGGAUGGAUCAUGAUGGCUUGGACUUGAGGCAAAGACUCAACUGGGGAAGGGGAUGAGACGGACUCGAGUACUUAAAGGUGCCUGGGGCUCAAGCGAUUCUCCCCAUCAUCAUCACCACCACCAUCACCAUCACCAUCACCAUCACCAACAGCUUCAGGUUUUUACACUGGCAAGAUCCGCCACUUCCUGUAUGCUUAAGCCGAACGUUUGUUUCCCAGAUACCUAGCUAGUGGUCUUGCCCCUAUUCAAAAUGUUGGGCAUUCGCCUGGUAUCUCUGCUGGCCUUCACUGGCUCAGCCCUCGCAGAACUCGACUUCUCCCAGUGGAAGACUCGCCAGCCCGGCGAGCUCCGCGCUCCCUGUCCGGCCAUGAAUAGUCUUGCCAACCACGGCUUCAUCCAGCGUGAUGGCAAGAAUAUCACCGUCGAGGGCCUCACCCCUGUCCUCAAGGAGGUCUUCCAUCUCAGUCACGAGCUCGCCUUCACCGUGUCUCAGCUGGGCCUCUUUACGGCCCUUGACCCAUCCAAAGGUGUCUUUACUCUUCAAGACCUCACGGAUCGUCACAACGUCUUUGAGCACGAUGCUUCCCUGUCUCGCGAAGAUGCCAAGUUCGGCGGUGACCAGUCUGUUCUUCAUAAAGGACAGUUCCAAAAGUUCAUGGAUCACUUCAAGGGAGAAAAGUACAUCUCCUUCGAGGCCGCUGCUAAGGCCCGCUAUGCCAUGGUCCAGGACUCGCGCAAGAGAAACCCCGACUUCACCUACGACGUCACGCACCGCAUCACCAGCUACGGCGAAACCAUCAAGUACCUCCGUACCAUUGUCGAGCCCUCUACAGGGAAGUGCCCGGUUGACUGGAUCAAGAUCCUUUUUGAGCAAGAGCGUCUUCCCUACAAGGAGGGCUGGAGGCCCCCUACCAAUGAGCUCAGCGGCUUCAGUCUCGCGAGCGAGGUUUUGGAGCUGGCUUUGAUCACUCCUGAGAAACUUCCCGUCGAUGAGUGCUUGGGCAAGGGCAAGGGUAAAGGAAACUGCAAGAGACGGCGCAGCUACCUUGGUAUCUAACAGCUUGUAACAACACACCAUGUUCAUGACACAUUAGUUUCCCUUUUCACUGUACCAUAUACCUGCUUUUAAUACAUUACAAAGGACUCGCAAAUUACUCUCAUUGCCCAACUAUGUCCCGUCUGUUACCCCUUCAUUGUGAUUUCUAGCCUCCGAGACUUCGGAACACCAGCAAUAAAACUAUCCACCACCACCAUGCUCUCCGGCGUAGCAGAAGCGGC